AUGACCGACUCUGGAUCUUUCUUGCUACCCUCUGAGAGGUAUGGUCUGCCUCAAACCGAUCUCACACGCUGGAGGCUCGCCACUGAUGAGUUUGGCAGGCAGGUUUGGCAGUAUUUGCAGGAUGGAGAUGACGAACCUGAUGCAACUUCAUUCGUUAAACAUCAACUAGGACUUCCUGGUUUCAAGUCUAAUCCUGUGAAAAUUGCAGCCGAUGGAAGAAAAUUAAGCGCACAUGAUGCCGCUUACAAUGCAUUUGCCUUUCUGUCUACCCUUCAGGAUAGCAGCGGAAUUUUCCCCUGCCAGUAUGGUGGUCCCAUGUUCAUGUUAAUAGGAUACGUUGUCGCGAAAUAUUUCACUGAUACGCCAUUUAGUGAGGAAGAAAGGGUUGAAAUCUGCCGGUAUCUAGUCAACAGAGCACAUCCUGUAGAUGGUGGCUGGGGUCUUCAUAGUUACGAUAAAAGCACUGCUUUUGGAACCACUAUCAACUACGUUAUUUUGCGCAUUUUAGGAAUGCCUCGUGAUCAUCCAGCUAUUGUCAAAGCUCGGAAAACUCUUCGAGCUUUAGGUGGUGCUAUCGGAAAUCCACAUUGGGGGAAGGCUUAUUUGGCAAUUCUCAAUCUUUAUGGAUGGGAAGGUGUAAAUCCGGCCCCUCCAGAACUCUGGUCCCUACCUUAUGCUGUGCCGAUACAUCCAGGUCGGUGGUGGGUUCACACUCGAGCAAUUUAUCUACCAUUAAGCUAUCUGUCUUCCAACAGGGUAAAGCUUCCGCUUAAUCCUCUCUUAAGGGAGCUCCGAGAGGAAAUAUACACAGGGCCCUAUGAUUCGAUCGAUUUCUCUAGUCAUCGAGAUACUGUUUGCGGUGUAGAUCUUUACUAUCCACACUCCUCGGUUUUGAAUGUUAUUAACCGUGUACUUGUAUUUUAUGAGAAGCAUAUUCGUCCCGAUUGGCUUUUGAAGUACAGUAACAAAUAUGUGGCAGAGUUGGUUGAGAAAGACCUUGAGAACACCGACCAUCUGGCUAUUGCUCCUGUGAGUAAUGCUAUGAAUGCCCUUGUGAUGUAUAUAACACAUGGUCGUGAAUCUCCUUUAUUUCAAAGAUUUUUGUUUCGGUGGUCUGAUUUCAAAUAUAUGAGCAAGGAGGGCAUGUUUAUGUGUGGAACAAAUGGUGUGCAGGUAUGGGACGUGGCCUUUGCUUUGCAAUAUUGCGUAGUUGCAGGGCUAGCUGAAUAUCCUGAAUUCAAGGAUACGUUGAUUCGUGGAUAUAGGUUCUUAUUGCGGUCUCAGUUUACGGAGAACUGCGUAGAAGGGAGUUAUAGAGAUACCCGAAAGGGGGGGUUCCCAUUUUCAACUAAAAUCCAAGGCUUCACCGUCAGUGACUGCACUGCUGAGGCUGUUAAAGCAAUUUUGAUGGUGCAAAACUUGCCAGGUUUUGAAUUCUUAAAAGAUGAAAUUCUUUCCCAGAACCUCUAUGACGCUAUUGACGUGCUUAUUUCAAUUCAAAACAAGGGUGUCUUUCAUUACGGAUCAUUUGCAUCUUAUGAAAAAAUUAAGGGUCCUGAGUUUUUGGAACUACUUAACCCUGCAGAAGUUUUUGGAAAUAUUAUGAUUGAGUAUCCUUACGUAGAGUGUACUGAUUCUUCGGUAUUGGGUCUGGUCUACUUUCGUAAAUACUCUGAUUAUAGAGCAGAUGAAAUUGAUGAAGCUAUUGCCAUAGCUCUCGACUAUAUUAUCAGCUAUCAGAAUCCUGACGGUAGUUGGUAUGGCUCUUGGGGUGUUUGUUAUACGUAUGCAGGGAUGUUCGCUGUGGAAGCACUGCAGACUCAAGGGUACAAUUACGAAAACUUCCCAGUGGUUAAAAGGGCUUGUGACUUUAUAGUUAAGCAUCAGGAACUUGACGGGGGUUGGGCUGAGAGCUUUCGUUCGUGUGAGUUACACACCUACGUUCGAGAUACCGAGAGUCAAGUUGUUCAGACUGCAUGGGCUGCGAUCAUGUUACUGCUUGCAGAAUACCCUGAUAGAUCUAUUAUUAGCAGGGCCAUUGACUUUUUGAUCAGUAAGCAGAAUUCUGAUGGAUCCUAUAGCUGGAAUCAUGUUGAAGGCGUCUUCAAUCAUUCAUGGUAA